AUGCCCGUAGCACCUCGGCCUCAUAAUGUUUGUCGACUGUUGUCAAAAACUCGAUGUCCUUACGUGAAGAUUUCAAAGGAGCUUCAGCAGCAAUUGGCCGAACACCGGCGUGCUAAGCGACUCGAUGAAGAUCAAGAAAUUCAAGCAGUUCUCAACUACCUCGAGAUGAAGGCAACAGAACUCGCUUUGAAAUUUAAGCAGCCCCGAUGUCAUUACCUUGAACAUUUUUCACUAGGCUCUGCACCUCACCGCCGCAAACACAAUAAGACCAGUGCUUGGCAUGCAUUUUUGCAUUUCAAAGGUGCCAAUAAUGAACGGUCUAAUAUAGUAGACCUCGUGAAAGACAAGGCCGAAUAUCACUCCCUCAAGAAGGCCGAGAAGGAGACACUUAUCAAGGAAUUCAACCAGGUUAAGGCCAGCACAAGCCAGUGUCCUCCCACCAUAACUGCUCGUUCACGUGCAGCUGAGUGUGCACGUAGUUUUCAAUUUGUCAAGGAAGAGCUUGAUGCUUUAAAGCAGCGUGUGGGCAUAGAGGCCAUAGUCCUCAUGGUCCGUGGGGUUUCCGACUUUGCUAUGGCACCAAAAGCUUUUUUUUCAAGUGCUGCUGCUGAGCAGUUUGUUUGCUUAUAUCUACAGAAGGACAUUGCACAGCUUGCAACAGAGUUUGAAAGCACCAUCUUGGCUAAUGGUGUCAUCCUCAGUGAACUCACUGGUGAUGCAAAAGCCUCUGUUGAGUUCAAGCACUAUGAGGUUCGUGUGGUCCAGCGCUAUUUGGUAAAGCUUGUCGGAUGGAACCACCCACAAUGGCUCAAUCCUUCGGACUUGAAAGGUGGCCUCGACGCCCUCGAGAAACGCCGUAUUGCUGCUGGGGAGAAACUCACCCCAGAGUUAGAACCACUGGUGCCUCUCAAUGACAUUCCUCUUGACAACAUUCCUCUCGACAACAUUCUUCCUAGUGCAGCCUCAAGCCAGGCAACACAGGCUGAUCACGACCCUUUUGACAAUACCUCAUCCACUGAAGUUCGUCUCCCUACCGAGGAUCACACCACUCAACAAGCCAGUCCUACAGCACUCGCUCACACAAGUACCAGUAUCAAUUCUUCAUCAAUACCAGAUGACCGCAUUGAUCCUGUCCUUCGGACCUCUGAUAAUUCAUCUGCCACUGUUCAGCCAUUUCCAACAUCACUGGCUGUGUCAUCCCCACCAUCUCCAACAUUUUCGCCAGUGUCCACCCCACCAUCUCCACCAUCUUCACCUGUGCCAACCCCAACAUCUUCAACAUCACCGCCUGUGUCACCCCCACGAACACCUCCCAUUCAUGCGUCAUCAGCAGUGGCAUCUCAGACGACUGCUGAAGACAGUGUUCUCAUGGCAACCACGAAUACUCACAAGUGGGUGCAAGUUCAGCCAUCGGAAGGACAAUCAGGACGGGAAAAGUGUGCCCGGAAGCUCACAGAAAGGGCACAGGCAUUCUGGGAUGAUUCAGGCAGAGAUAAUCAGACGGUGCCAACUGCCGCGUCAGGCCGAAGAAAGAAACAGAGAGUCUCAAAGCAAAAGAGCUCUCAGCUUGUGCCAUCUGACCUGGAGAAUGCUUAG